UUGGGGUCAAGUUUUGAUUCAAGUGAAUAAGAUUAAUAAUUGCCAUUGCCAUGUUGGUCAAGUUCAAGGUCAAGGUUACUUCACUGGGAAUUUGGGAUAAUGACCCAAAGCAAGAGAAAAGAAGAGCAUCAAAAUUCAAAAGCAAAGGUCCCACUCUCACGCCCGUGAUUUUCGUUACUCGUUUCCCAUCAAAAGCAGCCUCCAACAAGGACUUGGUUGCAGGUAUCAUGCACCAGGUUCAUUCCUGAUUGCUGUCAUGGCCAAUCACUGAGGGAAGUUUCAACCUUGGUCCACCCUCCAUCUCUGUUUCUCACUGGCGCUGUGGCGGUUCCGGUGUAUUUUUGAGCUGCUUCACAUUGGCAAUGCCGUGGAGGCAUAUGCUUCUCAGGCCAGUUGCGGUGACCCCUUCUUUACUCGGGUCUUCUCCCUGCCUUCUCCCUGCAUGGCGACCGCUGAAGACCAUGCUGUUAGGGUUUCAGGGCUUUGGUUGUGGCCUGAUUGUUGUAGUAUUCUGGGCUUGGGCUCCUUGACUUUGUAACUGGCCUUUUCAUUUAUGGAAUGAAAAAAAAAAGAAAAAAAAGAGAAGAAAAAAAAAAGCGUUGGGUGCAUCUUCUUUAUCAGAAUCCAAUGACACUCCGGCUAUUCCCCUCAUAGUCUGAAUUGUUAGAUGCUUAAAGCAUAUUGUGCCAAGUUCCAUCUCCGUUUCGUUCUUUUUUGUUCCCUGAAUUUCCAUUUUGGCUUUGCUCCUUUCUCUUUUCAGCUUCUUUCUCACAAUUCCACCAUGUCUGUCUUUGGAGAGGCUGCUCUUUAUGUGUUUUUGGACCGGUUGGUGGGCAAAUCCCUCGACUCUGCACUCAACUUUGUUGCUGAUCACGGGCAACUCCACCAGCAGCUCAAGCAGUGGGAGUCCUUAUUGCCCGAUAUCCAAGCAGUGUUGGACGAUGCAGAGGAGAAGCAGAUCAAGAACAUGGGUGUGAAGAAAUGGUUGGAUGAUCUCCAGGACUUGGCUUACGAUGUGGAUGACAUCUUGGACGAGUUUGCUUAUGAAGAGUUACGUCUCAAGGUCCAAAAGACUCAAGCUCAAACCAGCACUAGCAAGGUACGGAAACUCAUUCCUACCUGCUUUUCUGGUACUAGUUUCACUCUCACUUCUUUUGGGUUUAAGAAUUCCAUGAUUCCCAAGGUCAAAGAUAUCACGGCUAGACUAAAUAACUUGACUACUCGGAGGAGUAAUUUGGGGUUGAGUGAGAUCUUGUCUCAAGCUCCAACCGCCAAGGGAAAGCAACCCAGGCUGCAACCAACUUCUGUCUUGGAUGGAGCUAUGGAGUAUGUUGGUAGACACAAGGAAAAGCAAGAAUUGAUUGAGUUGCUCAAAGGUAAUAACUCCAAUGGAGUUUCAGUCCUUUCCAUCGUGGGCAUGGGAGGGAUGGGUAAAACAACUCUGGCUCAGCUUGUUUACAAUGAUGCCGCCAUCAACGAGUCUUUUGACCACAAGGCCUGGGUAUGCGUUUCUGAUAAUUUUGAUGCAGUUAAUAUAACUAGGACAAUUUUAAAAUCCAUCGAUCCUGACUUUCGUGAUGAGAAUGACUUGAAUUUACUUCAAGUUAAGUUGAAGGAGAAGUUGUCUGGGAAAAGGUUCUUGCUUGUUUUAGAUGACAUUUGGAACGAGAAUUAUAAUGAUUGGACCAUCUUACGGUCUCCGUUUGGAGCAGGGGCCAAUAUCAUUGUAACCACUCGUCUUCAAAUUGUUUCAUCUAUUGUCGAUCCGCUCAAAACUUUUUAUUUGGAUAAACUAUCGGAUGAUGAUUGUUUAUCCAUAUUUACACAGCAUGCAUUAAAAGCAAGAAAUUUCGAUGGACAUCUCCACUUUAAAGAAAUUGGAGAGAAAAUGGUGAAAAGGUGCAACGGCUUACCUUUGGCAGCAAAAGCCAUUGGAAGUUUGCUACGCACAAUUAAAUAUCAUCGAGAAUGGGAAAGGAUAUAUGAGAGUGAGAUAUGGAACUUACCAGAAGAGCAGUGUGGCAUAAUUCCAGCCUUGAGAUUAAGCUACCAUCAUCUUCCGUCAUACUUGAAACGAUGUUUUGCAUAUUGCUCCAUGCUUCCUAAAGGUUAUGAAUUUGGGGAAGAAGAAAUUGUCUUGUUAUGGAGAGCAGAAGGUCUCUUGCAACAGAAAGCUAUGCCACAAAAUAAAGAUCUUGGAAAUCAAUAUUUUCAAGAUCUAGUGUCCAGGUCAUUUUUUCUGAUAUCCAGUAAAGACAAGUCCCGAUUCAUAAUGCAUGACCUUAUCAAUGAUUUAGCUCAAGUAGUUGCAGGUGAAAUAUUCUCAAAAUUGGAAGGUGAUAGGCAACAGAAGUUCUCAAUUCGCACUCGACAUGCUUCUUAUAUUGGCAGCAUGUUUGACACAGUGAAGAAGUUUGAAGCAUUUGAUCAAACGAUUUCUUUACGUGCUUUUCUACCCUUGAUUUUUACAAGUUAUUAUCUAGAGUUCUAUUUAACUAAUGUUGUCUUGGUUGAUUUGUUGCCAAGACUUGACUACCUAAGGGUGCUCUCUUUGAGCGGAUACAAUAUUGUUGAGUUGCCUGAUGUUUUUGAAAAUUUAAAGCAUCUUCGUUACUUGAAUUUUUCUUACACCAAAAUCAAAUGUUUACCUGAUUCUCUCUGUACACUUUAUCAUUUGGAAACUUUAUUAUUAAAAAAGUGUGUCAAACUUCAAAAGCUACCCUCGAAGAUAGAAAAGCUUGCUAGCUUGCAAUAUCUUGAUAUCAGAGGUGCAAACUUAAUAGAAAGGAUGCCUUUCGGAAUUGGUAAGCUAACCAAUCUUCAAAGGUUAUCUGAUUUUGUUAUAGGGGAAGGUGAUGGACAUCAUAUCAGAGAAUUGAAAUAUUUGUCAAACCUCAAAGGUGAUUUCCAUCUUUCUGGGUUGGAGAAUGUUAAUUGUCAAGAUGCAGGGGAAGCCAAGUUACAUGAGAAGCAGGGGAUUGAUCGAUUGGUAGUGCAUUGGAGUGAAAAGUUUGAAAAGGCUUCAAGGAAUAAAGAAGUUGAAGAAAGGGUGUUGGACUCUCUUCGUCCUCCCAAAAAGCUUGAGCAACUUGUCAUUGAGAAUUAUGGUGGUGCAAAAUUUUCUACUUGGAUUGCAGAUUCUUCCUUCAAAAAUAUGUUGUCGUUGGAGCUUCUCAACUGUAAAAGUUGCAAGUCCCUACCAUCGAUUGGAAGGUUGUCAUUGUUAAAAAAUCUUUCAAUUGGCGGUUUGGAUGAGGUACAUAAGAUUGGUGUUGAGUUGUUUGGAGCAAAUCAAUCGAAUGCAUUUGCAUCAUUAGAGACUCUAUGUUUUCAGAGUAUGCCAAAUUGGGAGGAGUGGGACCCAUGUGAAGGUGAUGAGCAAGCUUCGAAAUUCCCCAGCCUUCAUGAACUUUCAAUCCGACAAUGUCCUCAAUUGUUGGGAACGUUGCCAACCCUUCUUCAAUCCUUGCAGAAACUUGAAAUUCGUGAGUGCAGGAAGUUGGUAGUUGUGACUUCAAGUUUUUCAUCGCUACAUGAAUUAAGUGUCAGAGGGUGCAAAGAAUUGGUAGAUGAAGGCUCUUCUUCUGCAAAGGAGGUUACCUCUUUGAAAAGUGUCUCUCUUUCAUACAUUUCAAAGUUUAAUAUUUCAGCAGAAAGGAUAAUGUGGAGGUUUGCUAGCUCGGAAUAUUUUAACAUCUAUGGUUGGAAGGAGUUGGAAUCUUUAUCGCAAAUUGGGUUAGGAUUAGUUGGGCAUCGUUUCUUUACGAUUGAGGAUUGCCCCCAAUUGAUCUCUUUGGAAACAGAAGAUGAGAGAUUGCAACUUGACAAGAUUCUGGGUGUUGAAUCUCUGGCAAUAAGGGAUUGUGAAAGGCUCAAUCAACUACCAGAAGUCUUACAUGCUUUCGCAUUCCUUACAAGAAUGAGACUUCAAAAGUGUCCAAGCUUGGUUUGUUUUGCAAAGAGUAACAUUCCUCGUGCUUUAAAAAAGUUGGAGAUUUUGUGGUGUGAGAAUUUGCAAUAUUUGGUUGAUGAAAAAGAAGAUAAUAAUAAGAAUACCAGUAGUAACACUUGUCUUCUUGAGCACUUGGAAAUACAGUGCUGUCCAUCUCUAAAAUGUUUAUCAUCAAGGGGCGAUAUAUGCAAUCAGCUUCAACAUCUUCGAAUUGCCAGCUGUUCAAAUUUAAGUAGCUUAUUUUUAAAUGCCAAGUUACCUGUAAAGCUUAAACUGCUAGAUAUUAGGGGCUGUCCACUGUUGGAAUGUAUAGCCCAAGACUUCAACGAUACCAUUGAUCUCGAACGUAUUUAUAUUUCGGAUGCUCUAAAUAUCAAAUCUUUACCGCGAGGAUUAGACAAGCUCAUCCAUCUUCAGGAGAUUGAACUUGCUGGGUGUUCAAGUCUUGUUUGGUUUGAAGAAAGUGGGUUUCCCGCCACAAAUCUCCUCGUUUUCUCGAUUUUCAAAUGUGAAAAUUUUGGAGCCCUUCCUAAGUGCAUCCACAACUUCACCUCCCUUCAGAAAUUAGAGGUGUGGAAGUGUUCAGCUGAUAUGUCCUUCCCGGAAGAGGGUUUCCCUGUGAAUCUCACAUCACUUGAAAUCUCAAAUGGACCCAAAAUGUAUGCAUCACUUGUUGAAUGGGGAUUAAAUAGACUCACCUCUCUUCAAGAGCUCAAUAUCGGCGGUGAGGGAUGCUCACAUGUGGUGUCAUUUCCAGAAGAAGGGAUAGGAAGAAUGCUGCCUCCUCCUCUCACAUCUAUCUGCAUUGAAAAUUUUGAGAAUUUGGAAUUCAUGUGCUCCAAGGGCUUUCAACACCUCACUUCGCUUCACGAAUUGGAAAUCAGUAAUUGUCCAAAACUCACAUCUCUUCCAGAAAAGGAUAUGCUUCUUUCACUUGAGCAGCUACAUAUUUUCAAUUGCCCGUUGCUAGAAGAAGGGUGCAGUAGGGGUAAAGGUCGAGAGUGGUCCAAGAUUGCCCACAUACCUUAUGUGCGUUUUCAGUAUAAAACAGUCAUCCCAAGGGAAUUAGAUUGAAAGUAAAGCAGCAAAAUCUGGCACUGAUUUCUCCACACUUAAACCACAGUUGUGAAACCAUUUUAGACAUUAAGCAAUUUCAUAGCAUUUUUACUUCCAUAUAUGUGAUUGUCCUCAGAAUAACAAGAUAAUAGCAAUCAGUCUUAUAUAUUUUGUAUUCAAAUUUUCAGGCAUUGAAUACUAAAUUGGCAAAAAUAGCGGAUGAAUUCAACUAGCCUUCCUUUAGCUUAUUUGAUUUGUUGUUCAGCAUAGUGAAUGUUCAGUUUUCAUCUGCAUGUUCUGAUUUCUAAGCUUCCUUUGUGUAUAUGUUUGCUUAGCUCUCAGAAUAUGGGUUGGCACAGACUAGUUUUGGAAUGGACUUGGAAUAUGCCGUAUAGUCGAUCCUUCUUUUCGACAUUGCUAUGCCAAUCCUAAACUUUCUUUUCAUCUUUCUAAAAUUUUCUAUAAUAUAUGAACUCUUUUUUUUGAAGACAAUGUGUUCAAUUGCAAUUGUUAUAACCUUUGUAAAUGGGAAUGGGAUUUUAGUUGAAAAUAUUUGACAUUCCAGUGUAAUAUUGACCAAUGGUAUCUCAAAAGAAUAAGUCUUUACUUGAUAGUUUCAUGAUCUUUGUGGAUAAAUAAUAGAUUUCUGUUAUUGUGUAAGGAUACGAGUCGUCACCACUGUCUAUUAUUGAUCCUCGCAGGGAUAAGGGAGGGAUACACUACGCAGUAUGGCAUGUAGUUAAAGAGCUCGAUUUAAGCAUUAACACGAGAGUUCACAGACCUGCAAUUUUGGUGUUUUCACUUGUAAAACCCUGGUGACAUUGAGAUUGUACUUCUUUGGAACUUGCAGCCUCAGUGUUUCCACAAACUAUUGUCUGCCGAUCUCAAAGUUGUCUAUCCUAGUUCUCAGAAAUUCUCAGAUGAUGAAUCCAUUCGAAAGCUACUUUUGAGCUGCAUUAAUUCACCUGAUGAAGAAUUGCUUUUUCCAUCAUGUGGAUUGAAUGACACUAAUGAACUCAGUGUCUUAAGUGACUGACUGCGUCACUUCAUUUAACCAAUUUUUACUCGAAGGUACGGAAGGAAGCUCCAUCUUGUUUACUGCUUCAUAUCAAUAUAAUCUCUGUGAUUAUAGAUGGAUGCAUCAUCAAAUUUUCAGAGCAUCCCUUAUUUUGUCAUGCUCAGACCAACCCUUUAAAAGAUAGGCAAAGAUGGUGAUUCACUGAUAUUUGGUUUCUGUAAGACAGAUAAUAUGGUAAAUGUGAUAUAUAAUUUGAUCAUUUUUACAGGCAA